UGCUGACAUCAGCAGUUAAUAUUUUUUCUAAAUUCCAUUUUGCCCUUCAAAAUAAUGGAGUACCAAAAUUGCCCUUAAUGGUUCUAUUCCCAAGUCAGCCUCAAUGAGUUGAGAAGAAGAACGGGUAGGCUUGCAGAUCGGCGGCUGCGAACACUCUUUCGACGACGGCGACGACGAAGAUAAAGCAACUAUGAAGGAACGAGAACAUUCUGCCGAAGAACGUUCUUUGUUGCUAAAGUUGUCGAACAUUAGAGCGGAAUAAUUUAAAUUGGUUAAUAUGGUAUGCAGGCAAUGAUGCUGAAUGAUCGCAUUCAUAGCGCAUCCAGACUCCAGUCUACCUUGGCGAAGGCAGAUGAGUAUCUGUCAAAGCUCCCACCAGAGACACCUUAUUCUGAUUUUGAGCAUAGAUUCCAGGAAAUGGGUUUUGACAGAGGUUGGGGUGAUAAUGCAGAACAUGUUUUGGAGACAAUACAUCUACUCUCUGACAUUCUUCAAGCUCCUGAUCCAUCUGUUUUGGAGACCUUCCUUGGGAGGAUUCCUAUGGUGUUCAAUGUUUACGGCGGUGAACCCCCUCCAGCGACUACGGCGGCUGCGAACACUCUUUCGACAACGGCGACGACGGCGACUACGGCAGCGAACCCCCUCCACGACGGCAUAUGCAGGUUCGUGGGUCUAUCUUCGGCGUCUCGUUGAGCACACAAAAUCCCAAUAGAGAACUAGAGAUCAAAAUGGGGAAAAUAGAGAAGAGAAAAAAAAACAAAAACAAAAACAAAAACAAACAAACAUAUCUUCUCGCCUGCGACAGAAACUGGAUGGGAAGCACUACUCGCCGGGGACAAAAGGAGAAGUAUUUUCCGGCGACUGCCCUCUCUAUCUCUGCUGGAACUCGUCUGAACCCUUGGUCGCAGGUAGGGAGAAGAGGAGAGAAGGAGAGAAAGAGAGAAGGAGAGAAGGAGAGAAGGAGAGAUAAAAGGGUAAGGAGGGGUAUUUUUGGGAUA